UUGGAGAAGAUCAGAAUGGUCCAAAAAAUACUCAAUAAAUUCGUUGGUGCCAAGUAUGUCGCUAUUCUGAGGACGUGGGUACCAAACAUGGCUGCUUGGGGGACAGUUGGCGGCGUGGCGCUCAUUCACUUCACCGACUGGCGAUUAAUUCUAGACUAUGUGCCAUACAUUAAUGGGAAGUUCAAGAAGGACGAAUAAAGAGAGAUUUGAGAUGACCAGAACUCUGGGCACAUGGGUGGAUUCCUUUCGCAGAGAAAGCUUUAGUCGGAUGCCCUGUCUCCACAGGCUGCAGGAUGCACUGUAAAAUGGCUUCUUUUCAUCCAGUGUUGUGAAGAUGUGAAUAAAUCAUUAAUUUAU